AUGGCCUGUCUCCUUUUCAGAACCACAGGGGCUCUGGCCAUCUUAAUGGUGAUGGUAUUGGUACAUGGAGAAUGGAGAAUUGAGACAAAAGGACAGGAAGAAGAUGGCACAGCACUACAACCAGCCAAAAGGAGAUACAAACGUGAAUGGGUGAAAUUUGCAAAACCUUGCAGAGAAGGAGAAGACAAUUCCAAAAGAAAUCCAAUUGCCGUGAUUUCUUCAGAUAUUCAAGCAAACCAGAAAAUUACCUACCAAAUCUCUGGAAUGGGAAUUGAUCAACCCCCAUAUGGAAAAUUUGUUGUUAACAAAGACACGGGAGAAAUUAACAUAACAUCCAUAGUUGAUCGUGAGGAAACUCCAAGCUUCCAGAUCACAUGCCGUGCCAUAAAUGCCCUAGGCCAAGAUGUAGAAAAACCACUUAUAUUAACAGUCAAAAUUUUAGAUAUCAACGACAACCCUCCUGUAUUUUCACAAAGUAUAUUCAAGGGUGAAAUUGAAGAACACAGUGCUUCAAACUCACUGGUAAUGAUACUAAAUGCCACAGACGCAGAUGAACCAAACCAUUGGAACUCUAAAAUUGCUUUCAAAAUUGUCUCUCAAGAACCUGCAGAUGCACCCAUGUUCCUCCUCAGCAGACACACUGGGGAAGUCCGUACUCUGAGUAAUUCUCUUGAUCGAGAGAAAUCUAGCAGUUAUCGUCUGGUUGUGAGCGGUGCAGACAGAGAUGGAGAAGGACUCUCAACCACAUGUGAAUGUAGAAUUAAAGUGAAAGAUGUCAAUGACAAUUUCCCAAUAAUCCAAGAAUCCCAGUAUUCAGCAAAGAUUGAGGAAAAUACUUUAAGUUCUGAGUUGCUACGAUUUCAAGUAACAGAUUGGGAUGAAGAGUUCACAGAUAACUGGAAUGCCGUGUAUUUCUUUACCUCUGGAAAUGAAGGAAAUUGGUUUGAAAUACAUACAGACUCUAGAACUAAUGAAGGUAUCCUGAAGGUGGUUAAGGCGCUAGAUUAUGAGCAACUGCAAAGCAUGCAAUUCAGUAUUGCUGUCAAAAAUAAAGCCGAAUUUCACCAAUCAGUAAUCUCUCAAUAUCAAGUUAAGUCAACGCCAGUCACAGUUCAAGUAAUAAAUGUAAAAGAAGGUAUUAUAUUCCAUCCUGGUUACAAGAAUUUUAUUGUCCAGAAAGGUAUAAGUAGUAGCAAAUUGAUCAAUUAUGUCCUGGGAUCCUAUCAAGCCAUUGAUGAAGACACUGGCAAAGCUGCCUCAUCUGUUAGAUAUGUCAUGGGACGUAAUGAUGGUGGUUUGCUAAUUAUUGAUCCAAAAACUGCUCAAAUCAAAUUUAUCAAAAACAUUGAUCGGGACUUUACUUUCAUAAUUAACAAGACAAUCACAGCUGAAGUUUUGGCCAUAGACGAAAUCACCGGUAAAACUUCUACAGGUACCGUGUAUGUUGAAGUACCUGGUUUCAAUGAAAAUUGUCCAACAGUUGUCUUUGAGGAGAAAGCAAUUUGCAGUUCAUCACCUUCCGUGGUUGUCUCAGCUAAGUCAGAAGACAGAGAUAAAUAUACUGGGCCCUACACAUUUUCCUUGGAGGAGCAGCCCCUUAAGGUGCCAGCUGAGUGGAGGAUCACGACGCUCGAUGCUACCUCUGCGCUUUUAACUGCUCAGCAGCAAAUAGUUCCUGGAAAAUAUAAAAUCCCCCUCAUAGUUAGAGAUGGUAAGGAUCAACUCUGUGAGAUGCCAGAGGACUUGAUCCUGGAAGUCUGUGAUUGUGGAGCGAGUGAUGUAUGUGAAGAACCUAAGUCCAUAUAUGGAGAGAGGUCGCGGUGGAGCCUGGGGCCGGGAGCCAUCGGCCUGAUAUUCCUUGGACUUCUGAUGUUGCUGUUGGCUCCCCUUCUGCUGCUCACUUGUGACUGUGGGAAAUUUGGGGGAAUGCCAGGAUUUAUCCCAGUUCCUGAUGGUUCAGAAGGAACAAUUCACCCAUGGGGGAUUGAAGGAGCCCAGCCUGAAGACAGGGAAGUCACAAAUAUUUGUGUGCCUCCUAUGACAGGCAAUGGAAAUGAUUUCAUGGAAACUUGUGAAGUUUGUACAAAUACAUAUGUUGGAGGGACAGUGAUGGAUGGAUCUUCAGGAAUGGAAAUGAGCAGCAAGACUGUAGGGGCUGGAGGCUUUUCAGUAGCCGUUUGCCCUAUAGGACAGUCUGGAACAGGACAGUCUGGAACAGGACAGUCUGGAACAGGACUGUCUGGAACAGGACAGUGUGGAACAGGACUGUCUGGAACAAUGAGAACAAGGCAUUCCACGGGAGGAAGCCAUAGGGACUGCAGCAAAGGAGCCAUAAGCAUGAAUUUCCUGGACUCCUACUUUUCACAGAAAGCACAUGCCUACGCUGAGGACGACGACGGCCAGGAGGCAAAUGACUGCUUGCUGAUCUACGAUCAUGAAGGCCACGGUGAAGACGAAGACGCAAGUGUGGAAAACGACUCUCCCAAGGACUCCAUCGGGUGUUGCAGUUUUAUUACAGAUGACCUGGAUGACAGCUUCUUAGAUUCUCUCGGCAUCAAAUUUAAAAAACUUGCAGAGAUAAGCCUUGGUGUUGAUGACCUAGACAAACACUGUCUGACACUUGGCAAAGACAGUGGUUUGGGAACUGAGCCCUGUGGCUAUCCUCCAGGAACCCAGCAGCUGGGGUGUGUUAGGUGCCCCCCUUUGCCAAGCAGUCCAGGAGUGCCCCUUUUUUGUGCUCCAGGCCCUGUGCUCCAGCCAGCCAUUUGCAUCCCUGACCCUCUGCAGGGUGGUAACUAUUUGGUAACUGAUACUUACUCGGCUUCUGAUUCCCUCGUUUAUCCUUCCGCUGAAACCUUGGAUCCACUUCUCACACAAAAUGUGGUAGUGAGGGAAAGAGUGAUUUGUCCCAUUUCCAAUAUUCCUGGUAAUCUCUGUAGUUCAACAGAGCUGUGA